AGACUUUCUGGUCUCCCUCUGUGUACUACAUUCAACAUCAUGGUCGUCGCCUGUAAUACAGCUGCAUGCAGUCUUCCCAGCCACAAUGUUACAUACACGACACGGCCCAGCCAUUCACCAACCAUGCUGUACAAAGAUAGCGACUCGAGUACAUUACUAUUUAGAGAUGGGGACAAUAUUAAGGAACUCUGUGUUCCUCUCUCCUACACUCCCAAGAUUACGUCAGACGUAUGCACUCAAUUGCCUUCAACUAAGGCCAAUCUUUCAGGAGUAAUCAGUUUGGGAUUGGACUGCCAACAAACAUUUGAUGAUUUGGCACAGUGUGCAUUCAAGUGUCCGAAAAUUACCAAAGAAUGUGAACCAACCGAAAAGACCAUCUAUUUGCGAGAUGCCUGUGGACAUCAGCACAAUUCAGAUGUGCUAUCGCCCACAGAACUAAGCAAGUCUGAAACUCACAGCAUUUCAACUACUGUACUUGUUUUGGCCGUUGUGAUCAGCAUUCUUGGGACAGUUGUAAUCAUGGCUGUGAUAGCAUGGAUCUGCCACUUCCGUCUAAAGCGCAGGAAACGGUAUACAGUCACAGUUCAACAUACCAGUUACUCAUCAUCCAUGCUAACAUCUUGGAAAUGUUUUGUUGCAGUCGUCAAGAACGACAACGAAAUAAGGAACAUCCACUUAAUAACCUAUAGGUGUUGUAUAUAAAAUGUUGACUACCUAGGCUAUGUCUGUUACAGUCGUAAACUUUUGCCUGCUCUCUAGAGUGAUGUUUCAGAAUAUGGAAUGCAUGCAGUUGCAAGUUAGAGAAUGGCCUUCUAUCGAUCCUAGAGACAAGACUCCUGUUGUUUUGAAAAGUGUGCUGCCUGUCUGGCUACUGUAUGGUUUCUAAAAGCAUAGAGGACUGUAUGUAAACAAAUUUAAAUUUACGUUAAUUCUUUCAAAACCAAUUUACUUAUCUCUAAUCUACCCUCUGGGCUGGAUCAGGUUGCACACAUAGUAAAAAUAUGUUACUAAAACAUUAGUUUGGGUAAGUGAAGCGAACAGCUUAACUUCGGGCUCUAUGUGGCAUGCAGCAACAGGAUGCAUCUGCCCACCAUGCCAGUAUACCCCCUCUUACAGCCAAUCCGCCCAUACAGUUAGAAAAAAAAGUUUGGAAAAUAAACGUCAAGAAAAGUUAUUCUAACAAAUGAAUCAACCAACUUCCACCACCAUCUGCCGCAUUAAUAUCAGAAGACCUAACUGAUACAUUCAUAGAAACAAGGAAGUCUAGCUAGUUACAUCAUCGAAACAAGGAAGUAGAGCAUCAAAACUCGCAAGACUACACCGAUCAAGCCUACAGCACACACACACACACACACACA